GGUUAGAAAGGACUUAGAAUUUCGGAAAGGGGGUUGUGGGAGUUUUAUGUUUAAGUUAUCGCUGUCACCCGAACGAUGCGUUAUUGCUCAGUGACAACAGAUUAACUCUUUAAAUGGGAUGGAGAGAAUGUCGAAAAGUGAGCAACAAAAUUUUUCCACGCGUUGACAAUGAACGUGUGAGAUUCGCGUCGGUUGGCAAAGUUAGCUAGCGGUUAGGCAGCUAGCGUUAGCAAUCGAUGGUUACAUGCUCCAGCCGCAUGAUCACAAAAUAGACCGCUAGGGAUAACUCACUGCCUAGCUAACCUAGCUAACAUCGGUCACUACUUCUUCUGGGAGGUCCAUUUUUGCGAAGGCGGGGGGAAUAUGUGCGAGGAUGAGCCAGACAGACACAUUGGUUCAUCUCUUUGCUGGAGGGUGUGGUGGUACAGUGGGUGCUAUUCUAACAUGUCCGCUGGAAGUGGUGAAGACGAGGCUGCAGUCUUCUGCAGUACAGGUCUACCUCUCAAGCGUCCAGAUCAGUACAGUCAACGGAGCUAGCGUGGCCCGCAUGGCCCCACCCGGGCCCCUGCACUGUCUCAAGUUGAUUCUUGAGAAGGAGGGCCCUCGCUCUUUGUUUAGAGGCCUGGGCCCCAAUCUGGUGGGCGUGGCCCCCUCAAGGGCGAUCUACUUUGCGGCGUACUCCACCACUAAGGAGCGCCUGAACGGCCUUCUAGAGCCAGACUCUACCCAAGUGCACAUGCUGUCUGCUGGCAUGGCAGGGUUCACAGCUAUCACUGCAACCAAUCCUAUUUGGGUAAUCAAGACCCGCCUCCAACUGGACGCCAGGAACCGGGGAGAGUGCCAGCUGAGCGCGCUGGAGUGCAUGCGGCGUGUGUACCGGGUGGACGGUGUGCGGGGCUUCUACCGCGGCAUGUCUGCGUCCUAUGCCGGCAUCUCUGAGACAGUUGUGCACUUUGUCAUCUACGAGAGCAUCAAGCGACGCCUCUUGGAAGCCAAGGCUGCCGCGCACGUGGACGAGGGUGACGAGGCUGUGAGAGACGCUAGUGACUUCGCAGGCAUGAUGCUGGCGGCCGCCACUUCAAAAACAUGUGCCACGUGUGUGGCAUACCCGCAUGAGGUGAUCCGGACACGGCUCAGGGAGGAAGGCACCAAGUAUCGCUCGUUCUUCCAGACUCUGGCCACCGUGUUCCGGGAAGAGGGCUCAAGAGCGCUGUACCGGGGCCUCACCACCCACCUGGUGCGCCAAAUCCCCAACACUGCCAUCAUGAUGUGCACCUACGAGCUCGUCGUCUACCUGCUUAACUGCUAACCUCAAGCCGCCUGGGGCACGGACACCGACCUCAGGCUGACUGUACUUACUGGCGGAGAGGGAGGGCAACACUCCAGAAGCUCACCCCAAAACCCCUCCCACCCCGCACAGUGUGCCAUUAUUAAUGCGAGUGCACCCACAUGCUCGAAAGGGUCUGUGUUUGUAUGUAUAAGAUAGAAGUGGGAGCGUGUACCAAAUCAGUGAGAUCUUCCACAAAGGUGGUAUGAAGGAGCAGUACGUUCCUCCUUCUUGUCCUCUGCUUUUCUUUUUUUUUUUUUUUUUUCUUUAGCCUUAUGUAAAGCUGCUUCUGAAGGGGCCUUGUCUGAGAUCUCGCAGACUGAGGAAGACUGACAAAAUGGGCAAUAUAUGGUUUUAUGUAACAGUACUAAGUUCACCCCUAACCCUGCCCUUCAGUUGUACUGAGCGGGUUGGCGAGCAGUAACCCAGCCACGUGUUCCGCCUGUUGUAGCACAAGGGAAAGACGGUCAGUCUCUUGAAGAAUAUAUGCAUGGGUGGGGUGGAGGGGAGCAGUGCUAAAUGGCACACCCUGACUGGUUAACCCUUAAGGCUCAGAGCUGCACAGAAAAGGCUGGUGGUGGUCCUUCCAGUUCAAGGAGAGCCAAUGAGGAAGCACUUUGAUCACAGCUGUAUAAAAGUAGGCAUGGUUCUGCACUGUUUUAUGCUCAGUCCCGCUGAUUCCCUGCACAUGCCCUUUUUAAGGGGGCCAAACACCAAAGGUUCUGGAAACCUCUUGGGUUUUCCCAUGUUUUUGCUAUUAACACACAGCUCAAAAAGGCAGGCGGUUGUAAAGGAUGUUUAGAGAAUGAGUUAACUCGGGUGUGUCAAGCGUGGCACAAACCGCCUGCAUGUUGCAUGGGCUCCUUAGGCCAGGGCCCAAGAACCAGCGUGUUCUGCUGUUAACGCAGAACAGCCUGUUCCACACAGCUAUGAACCCAUACUUGAACACUGUGUGCUUACAUAUGGACUUGUAUGGACUCAUUUAUAUGCAGUACGCAAGUGUCUGCAAAGUAUGAAUUCUUCCCCAUUUUCACCCUGCAGUGGUGUGUGGGUAUUUUAACAUGCUUUUGUUUGAAUAUAGUGUGUCUGUAUAUCUAUAUAUUUGUACAAUGUUUUCUUUUUCUGAAAGUGUUUGCUGAAAUUCUUCUUUUGUGCAAGUUUGCGUGAAGGUUGAUGUAUAACAGGUUGCUCUUUCUUGAACUUUUAACACUUGAAACUCAAGCACUUGCAGCAGAUGCAACCCAAGUGUACCAAAUAACAGCAAAAAUGUCUUUACCAUUUUCAAAAUGUGGUCAAUCAAUGACUAAAUGUUAAUCAUGUUCUUUGUAUAUUCACCAACAGUUCAAGGAACUUGUUUGGUAUUAAGGUGGGACCAUAUUUUAGCAGGCCUUUCUGUUUACAAUCAUUACUUGGAUGUCACUAAAGUUGCCUGUGGGCUAUUUUUUUUUUUUUUUUUUUUGUGCUGAUUAUCAGUUAAGUAAGUAUUGCUGAGGAAGAUGACACUGUACCAUUAAGACUAUAUUAGGAAGUAUCUUAUGAUAUUAAGGAAACUCUUCAUAUUUGUUGGCUCAUUGCAGCUUUCUCAGUUCUUUCUUAGUGGGUAAAAGGAAGAUGGCAGAGCUUUGCUUAUUCAGCUGACCUUUUCUGUCUUUGCUAAGCACCUCACCAAGAAUGAGUUGUUCACCUUGUUCAGUAUUGUUUACUUUCAUGCUGAUGUCCAUGACAGCACCACACUUUACUUCAAAUGGCUACUCGGUGGCUGACAGAUGUUCACCAAAAAAAAAAAAGAAUAAAAAGUGAUUUGCAUCAA